GAGGCGAUGCUGGCGCAGGCCAUGGCCCUCUCGAUGGAGCAGCAGCCCGAAGAGGACCUGCUCGCGCAGGCCAUGGCCCUCUCGAUGGAGCAGCCCGAGAAGGCCGCGCCCGCUCCCGGCGGCCCCGCGGCUGCGGGCGCCCCGGACCGGGGGCUCAUCAAGGAGAGCUCUUCGACCGUUACACGGCCGAGGGCUUGGAGCCCAACGCCGCGGCCGCCCGGGCGAUGA